AUGUACGGCGAGUCCCUUCAGUCCAGCAAAGCACGAAGUAAUAGUUUUGAAAGUAAUCAAGUAAAGGGAGAAUUCAGUCUCUACGAAAACCAUUUUAAAUUAAACACAUAUAAAGAGCGAGAGGCGACAAUAAAGAAAUAUUCAUCACGAAUUUUAUUGAAACCAAAAGCAGUUACCGCAAUGGUUCGCCUGCUUUUCCUGGUCGUUGUUUUCACAACGAUUGAGUUCGUGUGUUUCAGGGGAACCGGGGUUAACGGCAUGAAGUUUUGUGAACAUAACAUAACGGACCUUAACCUUAUAAACAACGGAUACGGCAACCUGACCAUUUGGAUCGGGCCUGAGGUUCCGGAAAACUUUGAGUUGGUUACAAAACUUCAGGAGUUGAUAACGAAGACGUCAUCAACUCUGUUUCGUUUAACAAAGAAGCGCGCAUAUAUUCGCAACGUCAUCAUAGCGAUCCCGAAAACUUGGGGAACUCCCCCGGAAAGUUUCAAUCAGUCGAUUUCAGGCAAAUUAUCAAGAAGUCAAACGUCUGCCCAAAUAUGGGUCCGUAACAGUUCGCCAAGACCAAGUAAAGAAAGCUCCGGUCCAUGGAAGCUGGGUGAUAAAUAUGCUUACGUCAGCGAUCCCUACGUCAUUAAAACGACCCCGUGUGGAUUUCCAGGCGCAUAUCUUCGAUUGUCCCCGGAAUUCGUAUUGUUUGGGGAAGAUAUGACAGAAAUGAGGGGAGCAGCCCCGGAAAAAAUAGUGUCACGGGAAUGGGCCAAACUUAGAUGGGGUACAUUUGAUGAGAAGGCAAGAGCUGAGGACACGACGAAGUUUUAUCUUCACUCGGAUCGAAGUGUGAAGCCAACGAUCUGCUCAUCGGUUAUUCCAGGGGAUGUCGUCAACCAGAGUUCUCCUCGUUCUCCGUGCAAUGAAAAGCAACGAUUGUUCGACAACUCGUGUGUGUUCGUACCAAGCAAACAACCACAGGAAAAAACAUACGCGUCACUUUUAUACAGAGCGGAUCUCCCAUAUGUGAAUGACUUCUGUGAUAAUGGUGAUGAUGUCACACCUGAGAUGAAACAUGACGAAGAAGCACCAACUGUGCAUAACUUACAUUGCAAAGGUCGAAGUAUUUGGGCCGUUAUCAGGGAACAUCCGGACUUUAAAGAUGGAAACAAUCCUCCCAUGGAAUCUGAUGAACCUCCCGCUCUUCCAAACUUUACUUUGUUGAAAGGAUUUGACAGGAGAAUUGUCCUUGUGUUGGAUAUUUCAACCAGCAUGGAGAAUUAUGGUAGAAUGGGGUUGAUGCGACAAGCUGUAAGCAACUUUAUCGAUACCGUUCCAAUGAACACUUGGGUUGGAAUUGUGGUUUUUGCUUCGAGGGCAAACACUCUCGCCAGACUAACUGAAAUAACUUCUUACGAUGCUAGGAAUAUAUUGAAGACGAGACUGGUGAACACCACUGUAGUUGGUACCAGUAUUGGCAGUGGAAUUAUGAAAGGACUAGAAGUUUUGGAAACCAGUGGUCCAAGAUCUCUUCGUGGAUCUGGGGGUUCCAUCAUUAUACUUACUGAUGGGUUGGAGCAUAAUAAUCCAAAGAUUAACGACACAAUUGAAAGAGUUAGAGAGUUCGGUGUCAGAGUAAGCACAAUCGCUCUCGGAUCAAAUGUAGCUAAAGAUCUUGAAUGGCUUGCCAGCGUUAGUAAUGGAAGGACACACGCUGCGAGUUCGGGACAGUUUGGAAUCGAUGCCGAACUACAAGAAGCUUUUGCCUCACAUCAUGAACAAGAAGAUAUUGGUUCAAUCUCCAUUUUAAGCCAAGAAGUUGUGAUUGAGAAAAAUUCCACGGUUGAAAAAGUUUUCCUGAUUGAUUCUUCAAUUGGAGAAAAUACACGCGUUGCUGUGUUCUAUCAACAAAAACCCGCCCCCCUGAUUGCGAUUAAGACACCGCAAAACGAAACCUUUUUUCAACACGAACACACAGAGAGAUUCUUCUUCACCCAUGAUGAGAGUUUUCAAAUUAAAACCAUUCGUAUACAAGGCAAUGCACAGGUUGGUACUUGGGCAGUCGUGCUAGAAAAUGAAAUGGAAUCGACAGACAUGCGUGUCCAAGUCAGCGUAACGUCGUACCAACGACAAACUGAACCCCUGGUUAUCUCACCAGCAUUGUUAUGCAGGAGUUUUGCGUUCACAGGGCACGAGGCCGUCGUCAUAUAUGCAAACUUAAAGCAAGGUGAGCAUGCGGUGUUAAACGCUUAUGUUGGUGCGGAAAUAACACGCCCCCUCUCAACCUCUGGUAUCGUGGACACAAAGUUUAUUGAACUUAAAGAUAAUGGAUUAGACCCAGAUGUGACAGCAGACGACGGAGUAUAUUCCGCUUAUUUCACAAGUUUUACAAUGCAGGGGAGGUACAAUGUUAAGGUUCAUGCAGAUGAUAAUUAUGGUCAAGCUGUGAUUACUUAUGAAAAUAUUCUUGGUAUUGGUAAAUAUGACAUGGUAACGUUCAAGCACGACACGCGGUACCUUCUUCCGACCAUCAACCCACAGCUGACUGCAACUAAUCCAUCCCGUAAGCGUCGAUCAUUGCGAUUAAGUUUACCCCCGUUUCAACGAGUAAGUUCAGCAGCGGGUGCGUUUAAUGUGCAGAGGUGGGGGGUUGAUAGCAUGUGCCAUGAUGGGUACUUCCACUUCCAAGACGCAUGUUACAGAAUCUACACCACCCCCACUUUAUCAUACACUGGAGCUGCGGCAGUUUGCCAGAACGAGGGAGGUGACUUAUCGGAAAUCAACAGUCGACAAGAGUUGUCAUGGUUACUCGCUCGUGUAGGCGAUUCAAACAUUUGGUUCAAACGAGUUCAUCCGGAUCUGCGAGCCAAAGGAUUCAUUGAGAUCGAAAGAGUCGUUCAGAGAGCACGAAGAGGGAUGGAGGAUUUUGAUCUCGAUACUCUUGCUGGUCUCUUCACCAAGAGUGGGUUGAGUCCGGAUCUUGCGUACGCUGCUCAAUCUUUCUCGCCUGAUAUUCAAGAAAUGUCAGCUCAACAAAUAAACAGGUUGAUGUUCCGAUUGGGUUUAGACUCCACCAACGAUCUGACACGAAUACGAACAUUAGCCGAACAACUUCAGACUUCAACUUCAGCAACUGAUACAGCUUCAAGUUCGAGAAAAAAGCGACAGUUAUCGCUUGGCAGCGCAGAUCUCGGUAGUCUCGUUGGUUUGGGGCUUCCCCUGCCCCCAACAACGACCCUAACAACCACAACUUUGGGUGAUGACCUCACAACUGAUGCGGGCACCGUAAAUAUGAACAUGACAUCAUCAUAUGACAACAUUACAUCACCAAAUGACAACAUUACAUCACCAUACCCCAGUGACAUCACACUUUUUCCAGCUAAAAGAAAACCAGAUGUUCCAAACUCUGGAAACUAUGACAACAGUGUCUCAAUAUGUUCUUGGUUUUCGAACAUGAAAAUAAUUGAAUCCACUGCUGAUGUCUGUCAGCAGGAAAAACAGUUUGUCUGUGAAAAACCAGUUGUUGAUCGUUUCCCCCCGUCGCGGAUCAUUGAUUUGCGUGGGAAUAUCGACGAAUCCAGGAAGUUACUCCGACUCUCGUGGUCGGCGCCUGGAGAUGACCUUAAUGUGGGAAGAGCAACCAGGUAUGAUGUCCGUACACUACGAACAAGAAAAGCGAGAAGUAUUCUGAUGGCGGACUUUAGUAUGGGCGAACCCAUCUCCGAUACCGAUGUUUUUAACGGCUCACUUGUUAAUCCACAAUCACCAGGAUCAAGGGAAAGUGUGAUAGUAAACUUAACUAGUAGUACAGAAUGUCCACCUCAUGCAGCUGUCGAUCUAAUAUUUGCCCUUCCCUCUGAUAUAUUGCUUGGUGGGGCGAACCCACCUGAUAAUACAAAGAGAAACAACAUCAUUCAGUUUGUGGAACAAAUAAUAACCAAAUAUCGCAUUGGUAUAUUCGAGGUAAUGGUGUCAGUUGUUGCACACACAACUAAUCAACAGAUCAUCGACUUCAAUGAACAACUAACUUCAACACAGAUUGUAAACCGGAUAAGAAAUUCAACAGUUUUGACUCAAAAUGUUGAUUUUAUUUCUACAAUAAGAAAUGCAAUGGCCACCAGUGUACGGACAGAUGCUGCAAAAGUGUUGAUAAUAAUAACAGAUGAUAAGUUGGAUCACCUUUCCAAUAUUUCCGAUGUAAUCACGACUAUUGUUGUCUCUGUCAGUAACACUGUUAAUAAGUGGGAAGUUUACAAAGUAGCAACAACACCGGGUUGUAAGAAUGCAUUAAUAGUGGGGGAUGUAACUCAACUUUCUACCAUUACAAAUGAUGUUUGUUCUCAGAUUUGUAAAGCUAGAGUUACAGAAUACCAGGUUGUUGGUGUCGUUGCGUUUGACGACAACAAUCAAAGUGGUGAUGCCUCCAACAUGUUCCCAUUCUACAUCAGAAAUGAAGUACAAGUACAAGAUUGUCCUGCCGAGCCGCCCGUGACAGCUGCUCUCGCUACAAGCAACACAGCUCGUACAGUAGGUUUAGCUCUUGGUGUUCCCGUGGCAGCAUUGCUGGCAAUCCUAGGUGCUGUCAUGUUGGUUGGUCAAAUCAAAAAGUGGCGGAAAAAUAGAAUCGAGAAAAAGGAGCGCGAAAAGAAAGAAGAAGAAAAACGACAAAUGGAAGAGGCACGAUUGGCCAAAGCAGCGGCAGCAACGUCCGGGGUACCAUCCGCGUCUUUAAACAACAACAAUUCGAAUUUUCUGGACUUUCAAUUGCGUAGAUGUAGAAAAACGGCGCCGCAAAUAAAAGACCCGCCCGUUUGAACGAUUUUGAGCUUGUAGGCAGACCGUUCAGUGUUCAUUUUAAUAUAUCGUGAUUGCUUUUUUACGUUGCCACAAUAAAUGGCUAUAUAUUGUUAA